AUGACAGGAGCAAAAAGGAAUAAAAGUGCAGUCUGGAGGAAGAUUCAGGCUGUUCGCUUUGAAGAUAUCAAAGUCUGGUGUACGAGAAGGCUGCCCAUCUUGAAAUGGGUGCCUGUCUACAAUUGGAAGGAAAAUUUGAUUCCUGAUGCAGUUUCUGGGAUGAUGCUAGCCAUCCAACAGGUGACUCAAGGGCUGGCCUUCGCGGUUCUGUCUUCAGUCCAUCCAGUUUUUGGUUUAUAUGGCUCUUUCUUCCCUGUCAUUGUUUAUGCCAUCUUUGGGAUGGGACGCCACGUCGCAACAGGAACUUUUGCUUUAACUUCCUUAAUAUCUGCCAACGCAGUUGAACGUCUUGUUCCUUCAGUCAACAUUAAUUUCACUGCAAACAAUAACUCAGGAGUUUUGGGUCUCUCAGAGUUUGAAAUGCAGAGGAUUGGAGUUGCAGCAGCAGUUUCAUUUCUAGGAGGAAUCAUUCAGGUAGCCAUGUUCAUGCUGCAGUUGGGCAGUGCCACCUUUUUGUUAACAGAACCAGUGAUAAGCGCAAUGACAACAGGAGCAGCUACACACGUCGUGACUUCACAAGUGAAGUAUCUGCUGGGAAUGAAAAUGCCUUAUAUAUCUGGACCACUGGGAUUUUUUCAUAUUUAUGUCUACGUAUUUGAGAAUAUCAGAUCAGUUCAGCUGGAGGCUUUACUUCUCUCCUUGCUGAGCAUUGUGGUCCUUGUUCUUGUUAAAGAACUGAACGAAAAAUUUAAGAGAAACAUUAAAGUUGUUCUUCCCAUCGAUCUAGUUUUGAUAAUUGCUACAUCCAUUGCCUGCUACUAUGCUGACAUGGAAUACGUCUAUGGGCUAGAAGUCGUGGGACAUAUUCCUAAAGGGUUACCAUCACCGAAAACACCACCCAUGAACAUCCUGCCUGAAGUAGUCACUGAAGCUUUUGGAGUAGCACUGGUUGGUUAUGUAGCAUCACUAGCUCUAGCCCAAGGCUCUGCUAAAAAGUUUAAAUACACUGUGGAUGACAACCAGGAAUUUUUGGCUCAUGGCCUCAGCAACGUGAUUCCUUCAUUUUUCUUUUGCAUACCAAGUGCAGCAGCGAUGGGACGGACGGCACUUUUGUACAGCACGGGCGCCAAAACACAGGUGGCUUGCCUUAUCUCUUGUGUAUUAAUUCUUGUGGUAAUCUAUGCAAUUGGACCUAUGCUGUACUGGCUGCCUAUGUGUGUGCUGGCAAGCAUUAUUGUCGUGGGCUUGAAGGGGAUGUUAAUGCAAUUUCGUGACUUAAAAAAAUAUUGGAAUGUGGAUAAAAUAGACUGGAGCAUAUGGGUUAGUACCUACGUGUUUACAAUAUGCUUUGCUGCUAACGUGGGACUGUUGUAUGGCGUUGUCUGCACUGUAGUAAUUGUGACUUUCCGCUUUGCCAGAGCAAAGACACUGAAUUUGAAAAGUGUGAAAGAAACGGAACACAAAUACAAAACAGAAGAAAAUUGUGAAUCACUAAAACAAGUAAAGAUAGUUUCAGUCAACAACCCAUUAGUCUUUCUGAAUGCCAGGAAAUUUCAUGCUGACCUGCUAAAGAUAAUCCAGAAGGAGAGCACGAGCAGCCAGUGUGAGCAGAACACAUUGCUCUCUUCAUUUUCCAAUGGAAAUUGCCAUGGUGAGUCGUUGCAGUCAUGUCACAGUGAGCGAUGUAUUUUGAUAUUAGACUGCAGUGGACUGAAUUUCUUUGACUACACUGGAGUCUCAGUGCUGCUUCAGAUCUACAUGGACUGUAAAAACAGCCACAUCGAUGUGCUGCUAGCACACUGCAAAGCUUCCCUGAUAAAGGCAAUGCAGUACGGUGGAAAUCUUGACUCUGAAAACCCUGUCUUCUUUGAAUCUAUUUCUUCAGCAAUUGAUGCCAUUCAAAUUCACAGGAAUUACAGCAAGUUCAAUGAACAGAGUGAAGUGUGA